AUGUCGAGCAGAGGUGGGAAAAAGAAGACCACAAAGACCUCAAGGUCUGCAAAGGCUGGGGUCAUAUUCCCAGUGGGAAGAAUGCUGCGUUACAUAAAGAAAGGUCACCCAAAGUACAGGAUUGGAGUUGGGGCUCCUGUGUAUAUGGCUGCAGUCCUGGAGUAUCUGACCGCUGAGAUUCUUGAGCUGGCUGGAAAUGCAGCUAGAGAUAACAAGAAAGGCAGAGUCACACCCAGGCACAUUCUGCUUGCUGUAGCCAAUGAUGAAGAAUUGAAUCAGCUAUUAAAAGGUGUCACCAUUGCCAGCGGUGGCGUGUUACCAAAUAUUCAUCCUGAGCUGUUGGCAAAGAAGCGUGGAUCCAAAGGAAAGCUGGAGGCUAUUAUUACACCGCCACCUGCAAAGAAAGCCAAAACUACAUCACCAAAAAAAUCAGCUUCAAAGAAGCCAGGUGCCAAAAAGGGAGUCAGAAAAUACAAGAAGAAGCAAGGGGAAGUUAGCAAAAGCUGCAAGUGCAGACAGUACGACAGAAGGGGCACCGGCCAAUGGAUUCACUAUCCUUUCUACCAAAAGUCUUUUCCUGGGACAGAAGUUGCAAGUUGUAAAGGCUGACAUUGCCAACCUCGAAAGCGAUGCUGUCGUUCAUCCGACAGGCUCUGACCUCUACACCGGUGGUGAAGUAGGUAGUGCCUUAGAGAAGAAAGGAGGCAAAGAGUUUUUAGAAGCAGUAAUUGAACUGAAAAAAAAGAAUGGACCUUUAGAUGUUGCU